UCCACUUCGUGGGCCGUAAAAUUGCUAACAUACAAUAACAACAACAAUCCCCCCUCACUUGUAUUCAAUUUUUGGGUUCUGCUGGUAGUACAGUCAAUUGUUGCAAUUCAACUAUGGUCCAUUUUCCGCAAGAAAUACACGAUAACAUUGUGUCUUUCGUCGAGACGCGCAUCGGCGAGGCCAGCGUCCCUUUCUGGGAGCGCAAUAACCUUCCACUAGCACGACCUCCACUGGCGGCAGUCUCCCGCAAGUUCCAGCGCGCCGUCGAACGCCUCACCUUCCGCGCCUUGGACACCAAGCCCGCUGACCUGGACGAUCUGGAACGCAUCUUGACGCCGUCACGGCAGCGCUUCUUGAAACAUAUGUCCUUCGAACUUUCUGUGCCAUCAUAUCCUCCCAGAAUUGGAUCGGAUGACUAUGGAACGGAUAGGGCACGCCGCGCCAACGAGGAGGCUGCGACUGCGAUGGUGCGACGUUUGUUUCGCAUCAUGUCCUCGUGGAGCCCGCAGAGUAGCGAUGAAGACUCGACACCGUCAGUUCACUUCCGCCUCUCGGGCACCAGUCCGACGGAUGACUUGUUGGAAGAGGGCCAUGACUAUUCCAUGCUAGAUCUAACAGACAUGGCCCGGGACUUUCCACCUCUGCCUUGCGUGAAAAAAUUUGAGAUUGCCAACGGCGCUCGCGUAUGGCAUCCUCGUGUGCCCGUCGUUCUCACGUCCAAGAUGGCGCGAUCGGCAGAGGUAGAAUGGGAUCUUAACGUGCCAGAGGCACCAUGGGAUAGAUACUACAUUAUGAACCAGAACUGGCGAGAUGGCCUCGUAGAAGCCCUGCUUCUUCACCCCGCACUCCCAGCAACAGUCAAAGACUUUUCCUGCGCGCUGCCGGCACCUCUCUGCGAGGAUAUGAAGGUGGACUCCCUGCCUGAUUUCAUCUCACCCCAGAACCACGACCCUGUUGGCCUCGUCCUGCGGCGCUUCACUAGAGACUGCAGCGCGAUCAGCCUCGACGUCCCAGUGCACACCUCCUUUUUCGACCCUCCGCCGAACUGCGCAGAUGACGAGCCGUGCUGGCAAGCUGUCGAAUAUUUCACGGUCAAAGCCAACUGGUGCGGCCCGGACGGACGGUGGCUUUUCAAGGACAAAAACGGCGCAACGCUGUCCAGCGACGAGCCCCUGCUCUUCAUCAACCCGCAGCUGCCCCCGGGCUACCAAUCAACACCAGCCGAGCUGCAAGCGGCGCUCGAGUACGGCGACGAAUGGAUGUGGGGACGCGAACUGCCGGAUCCUAACUCUGACGAGGCAGCCGCGAACCAGGUUCAUCGAUGGGUGCCGGACGAUGCGCGUGUCAAUGCCCUGCUGACAGCGUUUGCGCGGGCGUGUGGGCGCAUGCUCGCCUUGCACAUGGCCAGCCUGGACAUCCAUUACAGGAGCAGCGAGAACUGGCCGUUGGCUGUUCACUGCGCGGCGCCUGGGAAGUCGAUUCCGGGUCGGAACUGGGAUGAGAAAUAUGCUACUGGUGGGACUGCCACGUGGCGCAUCUUCAUACACGCGGAGAAUGGGUGGCGGCCCGACGAGCCCACGCUGGAAAUCUUCAGGGCGAUUGGAGGGGACCGAGGUCGCGGUGAUGCGGUAAUUUGUUUUCUGGACUGGGGCGACUGUUAAUUCGGAGUUUGGUUCACUUUAGACGAACAAAUGGCCUAGUCAAAGGUGUCUCAAAUGAAGACGAGAUAUUU